UUUUUUUUUUUGAAUAAAUUUAAUCCAUUACGUUCGAAUAAAUGUAACGUAAAAAUUAUAAUAAGCGAUACACACUUUUCUCGUCGAUACGUUUUUUUCGAUAGUUGAAUAUUGCCGCCAUAACAAUUUACUUAGCUGUAUAAACAGGUGUGCGAUAUAUUUUUGAAUCGUUAAAGAGAACUAUUGGAUAAUAGUUACGUCAAUUCGUCGUUGUAUUUCAUAAUAUUUAAUUAAUAUGUCUGCACAUAAAAUAACAUCAGAAAUAUUUUUAGAAACUGAUAAACAUUCAGAAAAACUCACAAAUAAUAUUGCUGUUACUCAAUUUGUCUUUAAGUGCCCUUCUUAUAUGAUAAAAUCAAAAUCAACAAUAAAAAUGAUAGAGUAUGAUAAAGAUAAUGAUUUGGAUAUAGACAGAAAUGAAGAAACUGUUUUGUAUAUAGAACACAACAUAUCUACAGAAUUACAAAUGGUAGGUUUGCAAGUAUGGCGAGGUGCUCUUUUAUUAGCUGAUUAUAUUUUAUCCAAUCCUGAUUUAUUUAAAGAAAAAAUAAUUAUGGAAUUAGGAUCUGGUGUUGGUUUAACCAGCAUUGUUGCCAGUUUUUUAGCAAAAGAAAUAAUUUGUACAGAUAUUAAUUUAGGUGAAAUAUUAAAAUUAGUGAAACGAAAUUUCAUGAGAAAUAUAUCUUAUGUGAAAUGUAAAUAUCAUAUAGAAGAAUUAAAUUUUUUAAAUUUAAAAUGGUCUAAAAGUUUAGAAGAAAAAGUUAAUAUGACAGAGAUUUUCAUAGCUUCGGAUGUGAUUUAUGAUGAUGUCAUAACAAAUGGAUUUGUUAUAACAUUAGAAAAACUCUUAAGUAAAGAAGUUCUAAAAACAGCUUACAUUGCUUUGGAGAAAAGGCAUGUUUUCACUGUUGCUAAUAUGGAAACUGUUGCCCCAAUGUAUGAAGAAUUUCUACGUUGUAUUCAAAGGCGAAAUCUUAACUGGAACAUAGAAUAUGUGAAAAUAGAUUUUCCACGAUUCUUUAAAUAUGAGAGAAUACAACAUAUGAUUUUAAUGAAAAUUGAAAAUAAGAUCAAUAUUAAGGAUAAAUAAAUAUAUAAAGAAUA